AUAACCAUAACUGCCCAAACAGAAGGGACUUUUUGUGUUUGUGUCUUUUUUUUUUUUCUUUUUUCUUUUUCUGUGUGUGUGAAAAAUCAAAUCCUUCAUCAUCUUCAUCAGAUUCACCGUUGUUUGGUUUCAAUGGAGAAUCAAUGUUAAAACUGAGUUUGCUCGGUUAGAUUGCUGAAACAUGGGCCAGAACUCGCCCAGUACAAACGACGGUGACAACUCAAAUGCUAACUCCGACGGCACCGGAUUAAACCCGAUCCGGGGUCGAUUCCCAUCCAAGAGAAACCCUAAACCUGCGCCUAUACCUUUAUCGAAAUCAUCUGCUACAGUCAUCAGCUUAUCGGAUCGGCCGCGCCGAUCUCACGUCGGAGGCCGACCCGUUGUUCCUCGGAAGCUGUGCUCAGUCUGGGGAACGUCGUGGUUCUACUUGUGUAUAUUGAUUGCUGUUUUUGCGUUUGCACUGGCAUCGAUGGUGCUACAGAGCUCGAUAGCUUCAAUGGUUUUCCGGCAGGGCGGCGGUGAGAGGAUCGGGAGGACUGUGCGCGAGGGUUUGAAGUUCGGAAGUUCGUUGAAGUUCAUUUCAUCGAGGAUCGAUAGGAGUUUCGAGAUCGAACGUGCAAGGCACAAGCCUCGGGUUGGAGUUCGACCUCCUAGGCUUGCAAUUAUCUUAGGAAACAUGGAGGAUGACCCAUUGUCAUUGAUGCUGCUUACUGUGAUGAAGAAUAUUCGAGGACUUGGUUAUGUGCUUCAGAUAUAUGCAACAGAAGAUGGCAAAACAAAAUCACUCUGGGAGAAGAUUGUUGGCCAAGUCUCCAUUCUAAGUCCUGAAAAUUAUGGUCAUAUUGAUUGGUCAAUAUUUGAUGGCAUCAUUGUAAAUUCUCUAGAAGCACAUAAUGCUAUUUCAAGCCUUAUGCAGGAGCCCUUUUGCUCUGUACAACUCAUUUGGAUAAUUCAAGAAGACACCCUUUCAAAUCGCCUUCCUCUAUAUCAAGAAUUGCCACAUGAACAUCUAAUUACAUAUUGGAAGAAUGUUUUCAGAAGAGCUGAUGUGGUUGUGUUUCCAGAUUAUUCUUUCCCGAUGUUAUAUAGUGUGCUUGACACUGGAAACUUCUUUGUGAUUCCUGGAUCACCAAUAGAUGUGUGGGCAGCUGAAAGAUACCUAAAAAGUCACUCCAAAUUUCAAUUAAGGAUGAAAAAUGGUUUUGGUGAAGAUGAUAUGAUAGUUUUGGUUGUUGGAAGUUCUUUCUUCUACAAUGAACUAUCAUGGGAUUAUGCUGUAGCAAUGCAUAACUUAGGACCUUUGCUUAUCAAAUAUGCAAAGGAAGGAGAUGUGGGCCCUUCAUUCAAAUUUCUAUUCGUAUGUGGGAACUCCAGUAUUGCCUAUAACGAUGCUUUACAGGAUAUUGCUGGACAUUUGGGUCUCAACCGUGAUUCGGUUAGACAUUAUGGAUUAGAUGCUGAUGUGGACGAGAUUUUAUUAAUAUCUGAUAUUGUUUUAUAUGGUUCCUCUCAAGAUGAGCAAGGGUUCCCUUCAUUACUCACUAGGGCCAUGACAUUUGGUGUUCCCAUAAUUGCCCCUGAUUACCCCAUCAUAAAAAAAUACGUUAUUGAUGGCGAAAAUGGAAUUAUUUUUUCUAAAGAAAAACCCGAUGAGUUGAUGAAAGCUUUCUUGCUUCUUGUAUCAAAAGGAAAGCUCUCAAAUUUUGCCACUACCAUUGCUUCUUCCGGAAGACUCCAUGUUGCCACAUUCCAUUUCUCAAUUAUCACUGUAGUUUUUGAUAUUGAAGAACACAUGACAUUAAUAAUGGAUUCAAGAAGCACACAGAAUGAUCCCGAGAUAAUGCCAGAGGAUAUUCCAACCGAAUUGGACUGGAUUGUUUUAAGUGAAAUCGAUAGUUCAGAAGAAGUUGAAAGGGUAGAAUUGGAAGAGAUUGAGGGAAGAACAGAUAAAAGCUAUGGUGUAUGGGAUGAAUUAUAUCGUGAUGCUAAAAAAGCAGAAAAAUUAAAAUCUGAAGCAAAUGAAAGAGAUGAAGGGGAGCUAGAGAGGACUGGUCAACCUUUAUGCAUAUACGAGAUCUACAAUGGAGCAGGGGCUUGGCCUUUUUUGCACCAUGGUUCUUUAUAUCGUGGUCUAAGUCUAUCUGCAAAAUCUAGAAGAUUGAGAUCAGAUGAUGUGGAUGCAGUUGGGAGGCUUUCUAUUUUAAAUGAGAGUUAUUACAGAGAUAUUUUACUUGAAAUGGGUGGCAUGUUUUCAAUUGCAAAUCGGGUGGAUAAUGUUCAUAAACGACCUUGGAUUGGAUUUCAAUCAUGGCGUGCUGCUGCAAGGAAGGUAUCUUUGUCCUCGAAAGCUGAAAGGGUUCUAGAAGGAACAGUACAACAGAAACAUAAAGGAGACGUGAUGUAUUUUUGGGCCCACUUAGACAUGGAUGGGGAACUUGCUGGAAAUGACCAUAUUUUAACAUUUUGGUCCAUGUGUGACAUCUUAAAUGCUGGAAAUUGCAGAAUGGCCUUUCAGGAUGCUUUCAGACGGAUGUAUGCUUUGCCGUCAUAUGUGGAAGCCCUUCCGCCAAUGCCUGAAGAUGGUGGCCACUGGUCUUCCCUUCACAGCUGGGUCAUGGCCACCCCUUCUUUUCUAGAAUUCAUGAUGUUUUCCAGGAUGUUUGCUGAUUCUCUUGACAGUUUGCACAUGAAUUCAACUACAGCCACUGAAUGCAUGUUAGGAUCUUCCUUGAGUGAGAAACAACAUUGCUAUUGUCGGAUACUGGAGCUGUUGGUGAAUGUAUGGGCAUACCAUAGUGGUAGAACCAUGGUUUACAUCGACCCAAAUUCAGGGUCAUUAGAAGAACACCACCCAGUAGAAGAUCGAAAAGGGUUAAUGUGGAGUAAAUAUUUCAAUGCCACUUUAUUAAAAAGCAUGGAUGAAGAUCUAGCAGAGGCAGCUGAUGAUGGUGAUCAUCCCUAUGAUUAUGAAACAUGGUUAUGGCCAAGAACAGGAGAAGUACAUUGGCAAGUACACCAUAUACAGAUCACAACCCCAACAAAAGAUAUACAAAGGGGGCUGAAUGUUAUUCUAGUGGGUAUAUAUAAUGUGUUGGCCAUACAAAGAGAAAGGAGAAAUACAGAGGGUUUCCAGUCACUCCCAACUCCUAAGCUUUCAUCUCAACCGUUCUCCGACACAGCCGAUACACACUUCAGGUUUUGGUAA